GUGAAGGUCCGGGUGGCUGAGUAAGGGAGACGGAAGGGCACGGCUAUGGAAAGGAAUGAUGUCAUCGACUUUAUGGCUUUGGAGAAAGAGCUGCAGGCUGCAAUCACUGCUGAUGAGAAAUACAAACGUGAGAAUGCUGCCAAGCUACGGGCAGUGGAACAGAGGGUGGCUUCCUAUGAGGAGUUCAGGGGUAUUGUCCUUGCAUCACAUCUGAAGCCACUGGAACGAAAGGAUAAGAUGGGAGGAAAGAGAACCACACCCUGGAAUUGUCACACUACUCAGGGAAGGACUUUACAGGAUGAGGCCACUGAAAUCUCCCAGGAGAAAACACUCCUCCAGCCUGAGACCUCAGCAGAGUUCUACCGUGAUUGGCGGCGACACUUGCGGAGUGGGGCAGAGCGAUACAAGGCCCUGCUGCAGCUUGGGGGUCCAAAGCUGGGCCACCUCUUCCAGACGGAUGUGGGGUUUGGACUUCUAGGGGAGCUGCUGGUGGCACUGGCUGAUCACGUCAGGCUGGCCGACCGGGCAGCGGUGCUGGGGAUCCUGCACAGCCUGGCCAGCACCGGGCGCUUCACCCUGAACCUGAGCCUGCUGAGCCAUGCAGAGAAAGAGAGCUGCAGAGGAUUGUUUCAAAAGCUGCAGGCCAUGGACACCCCUAGACCCACAAAGGAGGGACUCAAUCAGGAGGAGCAAGGUCUGGAGGAGCAGUCUGGUGGGCUCCAGGAUGAGGAGAGGCUCCUGCAGGAGCUGCAAGGGCUGUACCAGGUCAAUUAA